ACCCCACGCGGCCCACCUGCAGCGAGCUGUUCUCUCCGUUAAACCCUACCGCUGCUCGCGUCACCAUCUCUCCGACUCACCUCUCUGUCCUCUCCCUGUGCAAGCCGUCGCUAGCGCCUGCCGCCGGCGAAGCUUCUGCGGGUCCUCGUCGUCGGCCAGGUGCUGGAUCCGUGGCAGCGGCGGCCAUGGACAAGAGCAUGCUCGGCGACCUGGACGGCCUCCCCGAGGAGGACAAGAUGCGGAUGGCCGGCAUGAUCGACCAGCUCCAGAUCCGCGACAGUCUAAGAAUGUACAAUUCCCUGGUGGAGAGGUGCUUCACAGACUGUGUGGACACAUUCCGCCGCAAGACCCUGGACAAGCAAGAGGAGUCAUGCGUCCGCCGCUGCGCAGAGAAGUUCCUGAAGCACUCCAUGAGGGUUGGCAUGAGAUUCGCCGAGCUUAACCAGGGUGUGGCCACGCCUGACUAAUAGUCCCAUGCUGGUUUCAUUGCACCUGCCAAGUUUCUAACCUUGGGGAUUUUGUUAGCACAGAUUUGUAAUCCAAAAAUGAUUUCGGCACUUCACUACCUGAGAUAUGUGACCGACCGAGUUAGGUUGUGUCUUGAACCAAAUGCUGGGUAUCUGAAUAAAAUUGCCUUGAGUCGGGUUAGAUGCUUCGUAUCGUGGACUCGUGGUUGAUCAUGUAUCAUUGAUAGCUUUUCAGAAGUGUUGUACUUCGAUUCAUACUUGAACCAGCGGUUUAUUUGAGCCAGAUAAGUGCAUGUUAUUGCUUCUACGGUCA